AAUAAACUGAGAGCAGUCGGACGCUCGUUCAAACAGGUCCCUCCCCACAGUCAGGUGAAUGGGACCGGCAGCAGUCUGGUCUUCCUCUGUGAGGUCUUUGCGUUCCCAAUGACGCUGGUCGAGUGGAGGAAGGAGGGCCGAGACGUCGUCCUGCCCGGAGACGACCCCCACAUCUCCGUCCAGUCUCGGGGCGGGCCUCUCAAGUUCGAGCACUCCAGUUGGCUGCAGAUCGCUGCAUUGCUCGUAACAACAUGGGGUCCGUGUCCGCCUCCGCUGUGCUCGGAGUACUGGAAGCAGAGGAGCUGUCGUCCUACCUGGCCAACAGCGUGUCGGAGAUGAAGCAGCUGAUGGAGGCCACUGACUACGACCAGGACUUCUACUGACCUGCGAGUAACGUCACUUCCUAUCAUCCGGAGCCUGCUGGCUUCCCGUCCGUCCGGCUCGUAUUGGACAGCGAACGCGUCGCCGUCUCGCGCUCAGGUGAUGGACUACACAAGAGUGGCGUUCAAGGACCAGGACUGGUUGCAAGUUGGCUGCUGCCUCUGGCCUAGGCAGACACGCAUUUCCAAGUCCCUGGCUGAAUUUGGUGGGCUCAACCCCCAAAUUCCCCCGGAAGCCAAAGUUGUAACUAUACAGUAAUUAUUACCUUAGACUUUCUGUAACAAAUAAAAAUCCACCACUGUGUGUUCUGCUUUUUUUGGUUCACGUGGAUUUAUCUGUAAUUCUGCUUCACGAGAAACAAGGACCAAAUGAUGGUGAUUAGAUUUUAAUAAGUGACCUGUGGAAGAAACCUUAAAGGGGAACUUGGCAACUUUUUCAGCUUAAUAAACCCGUUUAGAAAUCAUUUGGAUGGUUAAAUGGCCUGUUCCGGUGAAAAUGGUGACCCCUCUCCAGCGUCCCCAGGCGGAAAACCAACCUUGCAACUUUGGGACUACCGUCCCGUUAAGUUGGAGAUAGGAAGUAUCGUGAGAAGCGAGAACGAGCGAGAAACACGAACGGCUUUAUGGCAAUUCCACAUAAACGCACACGCCGCCCUCAAUAACGGUUAGUGUAUAAUGUAUUACCCACCUUGGUAGAUAUUGCUCCACAUGAAAAAGUUGCCCGGCAAAAAAAAGGCACAUCAGCAGCGGUAGAAAGGGGGUGCAGGGUGCCGCAAGUGAGUUUUUUUUUACGUGUUGUGAAAUUGAGAGAAAACAUGCGAUGACAAAAGUGAAAACCAGCAAGAAAUGGCUAGAGUUGCCAAGUUCCCCUUUAACUGUCCAGAUUUACAUGACAAUUUGAACAAACAACAUUUUGAUGAAUCACCGAAAUACUGACAGAAAAGUUUGUGAUAGAUCUGUUUAAAUCAACUGUCCAUGUCUGUAGUUUGUUUUGCUUUCGACAGUGUUGUUUAUUCAUGUUGGACUUCUAAAUUCAUAAAAUUUUCCAAUUUCCUCAAAAUAUAAAGAAAAGCCUUUUAAAACUGUAAAUGUCAAAAAGUCACCCGAAUGUAGAAACAACAGAGAACCUGUUUUAUACUAUAUAUACAAUCCAAAGAUUUCUUUUCCUAGCAAUCUAUUCCAAUUGGAGCAAUUUUUAUUUUUAAUUUUUAUUCUAGAGUAGAGCUUUUUCUGUUUUGUUUUUUGUAGUUAUUGUUGCAUUAUUUUAAUUCAUCUUAUGUCAUUGUGUUGACUAAAGUUAAAAUUACAGUAGGAAGUGUAAUCCAUUUGGGAAAAGAUGAAGAAGAAGUUUUUGAUGAUAUAAAGUGAGUGCCAUUGUACCUUAUUUGUUAUUAAUAAAGACAAAAAACAUCA